AUGUCGAAACUCUCCGAACCCUUGAAGCAAUUCAUCAAUGCAGCCCAUGCGAGACCCAACACGAUCCCCGCGCCUAAGAAUGUCGCGUCAGUGUAUGAGCGAAUAGCAAGUGAGGCUUCAGGAAAGAAAGUUGGGCUGCCAGCUUGGCUAUCUGCCUCGGUGUGUGAUGAAAACAACCCAUUGCAUGUAUCGACCAGCCAGAUGCUAACGAACGCCCUUCCAGACAGCGGCAACGAUGACCAUGAACUCCCCAGAAUCGCUCCUGGAACUCCAUCGUCUGGCAACGUCAUCAGCGCAUUCAAUCCAAGGCGUGAAGAACCAAGGCCUCUACGCCGCAGAGCUGAUGCGAGAAAUCGGACUCAAAUGUAUCGGGUUCAAUGGAGUCAGUCGACCUGAACACAAUAAUGCCGCCAAUGCCUGCUAAACAAAACACACGCACACAGGUCCCACGCACAAUCAACGUCCUCGGGGCUUUCUAUGGCGGCCUACCCUCAGACAUCCAAUCCGCUCUCAAAGAACGGAAACCCAGACGACAUCUCUCGAAAGCUACCAUCGAAGAAACUCUAGCCCGAGGAAAUGCUCUCUGGGAUAGCAUCUACCACCCGUUCUCCGACAAAUUGACCGCGAAACUGGCACAGUCACAUCCAGACUUACCAGUGCAUAUCAUCGAGGCGGAAUAUGGUUGUCUGUUCUCUGACCCGCCCACGCCGAAAGACCCGGAGAGACCGGGUGUUGGGCGGGCUCUUACGUCGAUCAUUGCUGUUGCUUGUCUCAGAUCGCAGAGUGGUGUGGGGCCUCAGGUUGUCAGUCACGUCUUUGGUCUAAGGAAAGCGUUUGAAGAUGGCAGCGCCGAGCCGGAGGAGGAGAUUCAGGGUGGCAAGUGGCUUGCGAGCAACGAGGGGAGUCUGUGGCUGUUGGAGCAGGUAGACAGCAUCGUCCAUGCAUUGGGUCAGGGAAGGGGGACGACUUUCGCGCCUGGAUUUGACAGUGCCCCAAAGGCAAAGCUUUGA